AUGAACCAUCAAGCUGCCACUCUCCCUUCUGGCAAUUUCGGUCCCCAGGAUCCGCCAAGCAUGGAGGCCAUCGCUACUUCUGCCUGGGUCCUGCUUGAGUCCCAGAUUACGCCUUUCACUGAGGUGAUGGCUAUCCCUGGUGACAUCUACCGCGCUAUCGAUGCUGGCGGCAAGAAGUUCAUUGCCAGAAACUUCAUGUCUUACAUUGGCAAGAAUGUCCUCUACUGCCGUGAUGGUACAGGCAAUGACCGCUACUUUCUUGGCAAUCCUCGCACCUUCCUUCGAGGUGGCGGCACCAUCGUCUCUGUCGAGGGCACUGAGCCUUUCUGGAUGAUCCGCAGCAACACCACCAUCAUUGAGGCUGCUGCUGCUCACCUUGGAGUCGCCGUCCCUGCUCGGGAGAAGAAGAUUCCCCGUCCUCCCAAUGCCUACAUCCUCUACCGCAAGGAGCGCCACAACAUUGUCCGUGAUGCCCACCCUGGCAUUACCAACAAUGAGAUCUCCCAAGUUUUGGGUGCUGCCUGGAACGCCGAGUCGCGCGAGGUCCGACAGCAGUACAAGGAGAAGUCUGACAAGAUCAAGAAGGCUCUUUACGAGCAGCACCCGGACUACCAGUACAGACCUCGUAAGCCAUCCGAGAAGAAGCGACGUGGUCGCCGCACUGCUUCUACCGAUGAAGAGAUUGAGCACGACUCUGAUGAGCUCGCCAAGCCUUCAUUCGCUGAUUGA